AUGGCACCUCAAUCAUCGCAAUCCGCACCUUCACCGUCACUCAAACGCAAGCAACCAAGUAUUUCUAGCUUUUUCACCCAGAAACCCUCCUCCAGCGCCUCUCCCAAAGACUCCGAAGCGACCCCGGCCAAGGGACCCAAGAAGAGACAAGCCUCGCCAGCGGAGAAGAUCAACGAGUCGAAACGAGCUGACCCAGUGGAAGAGGAUGACGAAGAAGACAUCGUCGUUCCAGCCCCAAAAAGAGCCAAGACCGCCGACACAGACGCAGAGGAGCCCAUUCGAGUUGCGGCAAGCGUACCGUUCGAACAUACGUCCCAGCCGAGCAGUAGUCAGCGCACCGACAUUUUCAAAUUCCAAAGCUCCCCUGCCAUUGCUACAGGUGUGUCUGCUACAGAUGCUACGGAGAAGGUCGACCCAGAACAGGACCAACGGAAGAAGGAAAAGGAGAAGCUUCACCAGAAAUUUGUCAAGAAGCUCGGCGGAGCAGAUUGCUUGAUUGGAAUUGGAAGGAGAGCUAUAAACGAUUCCACCGCUGGAGCAGACGAGGCUGCGGAGGCUGAGGAGGAUGACGAAUCUCCUCCGCCAACCAAAGGCAAGGGUGCCAAGAAGGGCGGAAGCAAACUCACACCCAUGGAGAAGCAGGUCGUUGAGAUUAAGCGCAAGCACAUGAAUACUGUACUCGUGAUUGAAGUCGGUUACAAGUUCCGCUUCUUCGGUGAGGAUGCACGCAUUGCUGCAAAGGAGCUGGGCAUUGUGUGCAUCCCGGGGAAGUUCAGAUUCGAUGAACAUCCUUCGGAGGCACACCUUGACCGGUUUGCUUCAGCUAGCAUCCCCGUGCAUCGGCUGCAUGUCCAUGUGAAACGACUUGUUACGGCAGGCCACAAAGUCGGCGUAGUGCGACAGAUCGAGACAGCUGCACUCAAAGCUGCGGGUGAUAACCGCAACGCGCCAUUUGUUCGCAAGUUGACGAAUCUGUACACCAAAGGAACCUAUAUCGAUGACGCCGAAGGUCUCGAGGGCCCUGCCCCGGCAGCGGGAGGCACUUCACCUGCUACGGGCUACAUGCUCUGCAUGACAGAGACAAACGCCAAGGGUCCAGGGAACGAUGAGCGGGUGCAUGUCGGAAUCAUUGCCGUUCAGCCGGCUACAGGCGAUAUCAUCUACGACGAUUUUGAGGAUGGCUUUAUGCGGAGCGAGAUCGAGACACGACUCCUACACAUUGCCCCCUGUGAAAUUCUCAUUGUUGGCGAGAUGUCCCGAGCUAGCGAGAAGCUUGUUCAGCAUUUGUCCGGAAGCAAAAUGAAUGUAUUCGGCGAUGCCGUGCGGCUGGAGCGGGCCCAGAAGAAGAAAACAUCUGCUGCUGAGGCUCACAGUCAUGUCUCGGGCUUUUACGCCGGUAAAAUGAAGGCUACAAGCACUCAAGAGGAUGCUCAAGCUGCAAAGUUACUCCAAAACGUUCUUGAACUGCCGGAACAGGUUACUGUUUGUUUGUCUGCUAUGAUUGAACACAUGACUGAGUAUGGUUUAGAGCAUGUAUUUGACCUUACUAAGUACUUUCAGCCCUUCUCGGCCCGCUCGCACAUGCUCUUGAACGGAAACACCCUGGUCAGUUUGGAGAUUUAUCAGAACCAAACGGAUCAUUCGGCCAAGGGUAGUCUGUUCUGGACCCUGGAUCGGACGCAGACCCGAUUCGGGCAACGUAUGUUGCGUCAAUGGGUUGGACGACCUUUGCUUGAUAAGGUUCGCCUGGAGGAGAGGACAAAUGCUGUCGAGGAGCUGACGGACUCUGUCCGGGUGGUUUCUGUGGAAAGAGUGCGAGGCUUGCUCGGCAAAGUCAAGAGUGACCUGGAGAAGAGCUUGAUUCGCAUUUACUAUGGAAAGUGCACGCGUCCGGAACUCUUGAAUGUGCUGCAAGCCAUGCAAAUGAUUGCAAUGGAAUUCUCAGAUAUCAAAUCACCCGGUCAGACAGGUUUCGAGUCAACACUAGUGAGCGAGGCAAUCGCCUCUUUACCCACAAUUCGAGCAGAAGUCGUCAAGUUUCUGGACAAGAUCAAUAUGCAUGCUGCUCGGACUGAUGACAAGUACUCUUUCUUCCGUGAAGCAGAGGAAACAGAAGCCAUCGGCGAACAUAAGCUCCAGAUUGGAAGCAUUGAGCACAGUCUUUCCGAGCAUCGCAAAGACGCGGCUUCAACGAUUGGAAGAGGUAAAGUCGAAUACUCGACAGUGUCCGGCAUCGAGUACCUGAUUGAAAUCGAAAACAACUCACCGGCCCUCAAGCGCGUCCCGGCCUCAUGGAUCAAAGUAAGCGGCACAAAACGAGUCUCACGCUUCCACACACCGGAAGUCGUCCAAAUGAUCCGUGAACGUGACCAGCAAAAGGAAGCCCUAGCAGCGGCAUGCGACCAAGCAUACACAGCACUACUAGCCGACAUUGCAGCCCAGUACCAAUCCUUCCGUGAUUGCGUCCAGUCUCUCGCAACACUAGACUGCCUACUAUCCCUAGCAACAAUCGCCCAACAACCCGGCUACGUCAAGCCAGAGUACACAGACGAAGCAGGCCUACACAUCGAGCAAGGCCGCCACCCAAUGGUCGAGCACCUCCUUACAAACUCAUACGUACCCAACGACACAAACCUGCACCACGACAACACACGCGCACUCCUCGUUACAGGCCCUAACAUGGGCGGUAAAUCCAGCUACGUACGACAAGUGGCAUUAAUCGCAAUAAUGGGCCAAAUCGGCUCCUACGUCCCAGCAGCCUCAGCCAAACUCGGUCUCCUAGAUGCCGUCUUCACGCGCAUGGGAGCAUUCGACAACAUGCUCGCCGGCGAGUCAACAUUCAUGGUCGAACUCUCUGAGACAGCAGAUAUCCUCAAGCAAGCCACGCCGCGGUCUUUGGUUAUCCUCGACGAAUUGGGCCGUGGUACAUCAACGCACGACGGUGUUGCCAUCGCUCAGGCUGUUCUGGAUUACAUGGUCCGGUCUAUCCAAUCCCUCACACUAUUCAUCACCCAUUACCAGCACCUCUCACGGAUGGUACAAUCAUUCCCUGAUAACGCCCUCCGUAAUGUGCACAUGAAGUUCACAGAAACAGGCGAGAAAGAGGGCGACGAGGAGAUCACAUUCUUGUAUGAAGUCACUGAAGGCGUUGCGCAUCGCAGUUACGGAUUGAAUGUGGCUCGAUUGGCUAACUUGCCCUCGGCUGUUAUUGAUAUUGCUCGUCAGAAGAGCACACAGCUUGAGGAGUCUAUUCGUCGGAAACGGCUGGCUGGGCUUGUUGGUGCCGUUGGGCGUGUUCUGGAUAGCAAGGGUGGAGAUGGGGACUCUGUUAGUGAUGGGUUUCUUGAGAGGCUUGUGGCUAGUGCUGAGCAGUUAUAA